AUUCUGCGGAGGACGCGAAGGACAACGAAAAGGGGAAAGACAAGAGAAAGAAGCGAGAUCCUGAGGCGAAGGUUUCCGAGGACUGUGACGAGGGAGCAGACAGUAGACUGAGGAAGACUGGAAAGGGUGCCCCGGUUGGUAAGAUGGGCAUGUCCCAAAACGGAAAUGCCAAGAGGAGAACCAAGAGAGACUUGAAAAGGGAAAUCCAACCCAAAUAUGUGGAUGCAGUGGGUACAUCGUUGGCGUCGGGUUCCAGAAGCAGCGACAACAACAGCGUGUCAGAGGUGACCAUCCGGAGGUAUUUGAUGCGCAAGCCGAUGACCACGACGGAACUCCUGCAGAAGUUCAAGGUAAAGAAAACUGGAAUGGACUCGGACCAUCUGGUCCACUCCAUCGCUCAGAUCCUGAAGAAGAUCAACCCUGUCAAACAGGUGGUGAAAGGGAAGAUGUAUCUGUCUAUGAAUCACUAGUGCUCACUUGAUAGAAAUGGUUUUUGAUCUUGUGAUGUUUAUCAAUGAUUAGUGCUUCGCUUUCUUGCAUUGCCUAUCAAUAAUUAUUGCUUUUGAUAGGAAUAAAAGGUUCGCUGCGUUGUGGAGUUCUUUUGGUUUUUCUCAAGUUAGUAUUAUAAUAUGCUUGGCUUAAGGCUGGUUGUUUGGAGGUCAUAAUUAGUUCAGGCUGUUGUUGGAGAAAUAUGUUUUCUCAUUAUAAUUGGUGUUGGAUAGGAAUCAUCAUUAUUAUUUAAAGAAGAGGUUUACUGUCUUGUUGAGUUCUUGUGGUUUUUCGUAAACCAGUAUUUAAAUAUGCUGUUUGGAGGUAAUAAUUUUGUUUGUCGUCAGAAGAAAUUUCGUUUCCCGUCUAUAUGGUGCUUGAUAGGAAUUAUUAUAAUCCAAUACAUAUUAUUUUGUUAACUCAUUAUGCUAUUAUGCUAUGGUAAAACUCUUAAAUUUUAAAGGGAUAUUCUGAAGCAUUACUAUUCCGUGGGAAAUUUUUUCCCCAUUAGUUUGUUGACAGGAUAUGUUUAUUAAUUUAAAUGAUUUCCGUAUCCUUCCUGAAGUGAAUGUUUUCCAACACCUCGGGAGAUUGUGCAUCAGGAACAUGAUUCAAGAUUUGUACAGAAUCUAAAGUUGUAAGAGCUAAUUGUAAAGGAAAGAAAGACAACAUUUAUGUAACUGAGUAAAAUUCACUGAAGUGACAA